ACCGUUACCGCCUAGGCAGGUCACUACAGAGUUUGGCUUCCAAUUCUCAUAGGACCGGCAUCAGGGUAACAUCCCCCGUCCUACAAUGACUCCCGUCUCUCUGCAUCCUACGGCCACCCGUCGCCUAUCCUGCAUCCUCCCGGCUAUUCAAUGGGUCAUGAUGGGUCAUGCUUAUUUUUUGAGGCGCGGGCGGCUGAACCAUUAGCUUUCCCAUGGCAGCAGGCUAUCUCAUCGGGGGUCUGCUUAUCCAUGGUCUUGGAAACGGGUUCAUAACAUAAAUAUGCUUUACUCCCAAUCAUGAUGGGACAAGGAAUAAACCCUAUUCCUCUUGUAAGCGGGUUAUUACCUGUAUUUUCUUAUCUUUCCUUUUUCAUUCCCCCUUUAUGAUUAGGACGGUCACGAUGAGGGGCUUCGUAGUUCGGGAUGUAUUCACUUCUCUUAUGUGCGUAGGCGCUGUCCUCGGUUUAACGCCUCCAGCGCCUUACCCGCCUCCCGACGAUGCUAGCGACGAUUUUCUAGCAGCACUUGCCGAUCCAGCGGAGACCAACACUGGCAUUGGUUUCUUCGAACAGUACAUCGAUCACAAUAACCCAGACCUUGGUACAUUUAAUCAGUCAUAUUGGUAUAAUGCCACUCAUUGGCAGGGCCCGGGGUCUCCCAUUGUCCUGUUUACACCUGGAGAAUCUGCUGCUUCGGGAUACACAUCGUAUAUUACCGACCAGAGUAUUACUGGCCUAAUUGCGAAAGAAGUGGGCGGUGCUGUCGUCUUAAUCGAACAUCGUUAUUGGGGGAAUAGUACGCCGUACGAGACCCAAUCGACCAAGAACCUUCAAUUCUUGACCCUGGAUCAAGCCGUUGCCGAUUUUGUUCGUUUUGCGCAAACUGUUCAGCUACCAUUUGAUUCGAAUAGCUCGUCGAAUGCACCAAACGCUCCUUGGAUUUGGAGUGGUGGAUCUUACUCUGGUGCAUUAGGUGCCUGGAUCGAAAGUACCGCGCCCGGAACAUUUUGGGCGACACAUUCCAGCAGUGGUCCUGUCGAGGCUAUUUACGAUUACUGGCAAUAUUUCUACGGCAUCCAGCAGGGCAUGCCUAAGAACUGUUCCAGUGAUUACACCGCUAUCAUCGAUCAUGUGGACAAGGUAUUCACUCAGGGAUCCAGCGAAGAACAAGACAGUUUAAAGCAGCUAUUCGGUCUUCAAGACAUCGCUCAUUUAGAUGAUGCAGCUUCGGCGAUAUCUUCCCCGAUAUGGGCUUGGCAAGGCAUUCAACAAAGCUCAGGUUACUCUACGUUUUACCAAAUGUGCGAUGCUAUUGAAGGUUUCUCUCCCAACUCAACCACUAUCCCUUCGAAUAGUACUAGUGGAGUUGGUCUUGAGAAAGCCCUCCCUAAUUUUGCUAAAUGGUACAAAGCCGAGUACCUCCCAGGAUAUUGCUCGGGCUACGGCUAUGACGAGUGGGAUGAUAAGAACAGCGUGGCAUGCUUUGACACCCACAAUGCCUCGAGUCCCAUGUAUACCGACCAGACCGGCGAUAAUUCAUUUGACCGCACAUGGGUUUGGAUGACUUGCAAUGAGCCCUUCUUCUAUUGGCAAACCGGUGCACCAGCAAACCAAUCGACCUUGUUCACACGACUAGCCAAUGCCGACUACUGGCAGCGUCAGUGCGAGCUAUAUUUCCCUAGAGAAGGCCAAUACACCUACGCGAGCGCCCUGGGAAAGACUGCAGCCGACGUUAAUGACCACACGAAGGGCUGGGAAUUGCCCCAGAGCCUAGACAACAGUUCUCGCAUCAUCUUUGUAAACGGCGAAUUUGAUCCUUGGAGGUCAGCUUCCGUCGCUAGUUUGUUUAGGCCCACCGGCCCCCUAGUAUCUACGCCAAACGUUCCCAGUAUCAUAAUCCCUAAUUCCCGUCACUGCAACGACCUCGGUGUUUGGAAUGCUCUCGAUCCUGAUAUCAAGAAGACCCAGGACGCUAUAGUCAGCCAAAUAUCGACCUGGACGGAUGAGUUCUACGGCCCAUCUGCUUUCAGGCGCCGGAAUAACCCGACGAGGAGACACCUAAGGUCCGGGCCCCGAAGACGUAUAAGGUCGAUCGCAUAAAUUAUGUAAAGCGACCGGACGUAGGGACAGCUGUAUAAUUAG